AUGCAUCGCCCUGCCGCGAUCGGGGUUGGCAGCGUAAUCGAGCGAGGAGAGUGCACACUAGGACUAGUCGUAUUUGCUCUCGAAGGCCUCGAUUUCGGUUCUCCGCUCUUUCCGUACCCCUCGUCCGACCUCAAGCUCUCCACAAUGCUCUGCGCGGACCUCCCAGCCACAACCGGCUCAAGCACGGCGCUAGGUACUCCAGCCUACACAGCUGACGGCCGUUUCACGCGUGCAUAUCGCGCGGGCAGAUCCGUGAUGAAAGACCUUUUGCAUGCCUAUCAACAGAGCCCCCGGGAUAUGUCUGUAACGCAGAAAGAGCUCCUGGCGCCUCGGCACAAUCUACUACGCAAACGAGAGUUCCGGUACUCCGGCGAGCACAACCCUCUUCCAGAGCCACAACCGCCCUCGUUCUCAUGGUACGCCCCGUAA